CGCGCACCUCCUCGUUCCCAGCAUGUUUUAUAGUAUGCGCUAUGUGCGAGAUGCCUCUACGGAUCGUGUUUACAAUGUUAUUUCAAUCUGCGUAGGUAUGUGAAAAAAAGGAAGACGGCAACACGAUGAGCGGAUCGAGUGGGCCAAAGGUGAAGGCCUUCAACAUAGCCCCUGUGGCAAAGAAAGUACCACUCAAAGACAAGUUCCGCAAGGAGGAAGAAGACAAAGCUGCAGCCGAAGCCUAUGAGGAAUUUUUAGCCUCUUUCGAGGAACCCGCAAAGCAUGGCAAGGUGUUUGUGCGUGGUAGCGUCAUCAAUGCCGGCUCUGGAGAGGAGAAGACGACGACACAGACCGGAAAGUUGUACAAGCCUCCCAAAGUUACGGAAAUUGUCAGAAAACCAGAAGAGCAACUGUCUGCUGCUGCUAAGGCGGACAAGUUGGCAAAGAAGAAAGAAAAGAAAAAGAGCAACUUGGAACUUUUCAAGGAAGAACUUAAAAUAAUUCAAGAAGAGCGGGAAGAAAGGUACAAGUUGAAGAAUGUUCUCAAGGAUCAGAUCAAGAAACCAGGGGAACCGACGGAAAGCCAGUUACGCUUAGCGGAUGAAUACCGGUACCCAAGCCCCGGUUCCUUUGAUACGGGCGACCCAAACACUACUAACAUCUACCUGGGUAACCUGAACCCUAAGAUGACUGAGCAAGAGUUGUGUGAAGAGUUUGGCCGUUUUGGCCCCCUGGCCAGUGUGAAGAUCAUGUGGCCCCGAUCUCAGGAGGAACGGCUCAGGAGAAGGAACUGUGGCUUUGUUGCCUUCAUGAACCGCAAGGACGGAGAACGGGCCAUCAAAAGCCUCAAUGGUACUGAAGUGAUGGGCUUCGAGAUGAAGAUGGGUUGGGGCAAGGCCGUGCCCAUCCCUCCGCACCCAGUGUACAUCCCGCCUGCCAUGGUGGAACUGACCCUCCCGCCCCCACCAUCAGGUCUGCCUUUCAAUGCCCAGCCUAAGGAGAGUGGACGUGCCCUGCCGCCUUCCCACACACCUGAGUUUGAAAAGAUUUUAACCAACGCUGUAGUCAAAGUGGUAAUCCCUACUGAAAGUGGAUCGCCUGCCAGUCCUCAUUGCAAGAAUCUGCUGAGCCUAAUCCAUCGAAUGAUUGAGUUUGUGGUGCGUGAGGGUCCCAUGUUUGAGGCCAUGAUUAUGAAUCGUGAGCUUAACAACCCCAUGUUCAGGUUCCUUUUCGAAAAUCAGAGUCCCGCCCACGUCUACUAUCGUUGGAGGCUCUUCUCUAUUCUACAGGGUGACCACCCAAACAGGUGGCGGACGCAGGAGUUCCGCAUGUUCAAGGGGGGUUCCUUGUGGAAGCCGCCCCCAAUGAACCCAUACCUGCAGGGAAUGCCCGAAGAACUGGUGGAAAAGGCAGUCAGUUCGCCUGUCAGGGAAGAUCCAAGGAAAGGUGCCCUCUCUGACAACCAAAGGGACAAAUUAGAAGACCUACUGCGCAACCUGACUCCGGAGCGGUCAGCCAUUGCGGAGGUAAUGAUCUACUGCAUCGAACAUGCAGAGGCGGCGGAAGAGAUAGUGGACUGCAUUGGGGAGUCCCUGUCCAUUGCGCAGACGCCACUCCACAAGAAGGUUGCUCGAUUGUACCUCAUCUCCGACAUCCUUCACAAUUGCAGUGUAAGAGUGGCAAAUGCAUCCUUCUUCAGGAAAGGAUUUCAAGCACGGCUUCCUGACAUCUUCAAAGAUGUCCACGACUGCUUUAAUGCCAUCGAAGGCAGGUUGAAAGCUGAGCAGUUCAAACAACGGGUGAUGUCAUGCUUCCGUGCCUGGGAGGAUUGGGCCAUCUACCCGAGCGAUUUCCUCAUACGUCUCCAGAAUGUCUUUCUUGGACUUGUUCCGACCAUUAAAUGUGAGCCUGAAGAGGAAGAAGUGAAAGAAGAGGAGGAUCCUAUAGAUGGGAUCCCCUUGCAGCCCAUGGAGGAACUGGAUGGGAUCCCCCUGGUCAGGGAUGACAUUGAUGGAAUUCCCCUGGACAUCGAUGGCCAGCCCUUGGUCGAAGACAUUAAGCCUAAAUUUCUUCCUUCCAAGUGGGAAACUGUGGACCCAGAGACCGUUCAACAGCAAGCUGUCACCACCUCCAAGUGGGAUCUCCUUGAGCAAGGGGAAGCUAUGGAGGAUGAGGACAUUGACGGGCGACCCUUCGAAGAAAGCUCACCGAUGUCUCCAGAGUGCUCACGUGAGUCGACCAUCGAUUCACUCAAGCCCGAUACUGGGGAAGAAAGGAGGGCAAAGUUGAGGGAAAUUGAGGUGAAAGUGAUGAAAUUUCAAGACGAGCUGGAAGGUGGGAAGCGUCCUCGCAAACCUGGACUCUCCAUCUCCGAGCAAGUUGAACAGUACCGGCAGAAGCUUAUCAGAAAGGACCAGGAAAAGUCCACCAGUGGCAGCAGCUCAGUUUCAAAAAAGGGGAAGGGUUCCCCAUCGAGGUCACCCUCUCCCAUCACCAGUCCCUUGGUCUUACGGGGACGCUCCCCUGUUCGUUCUUCCGACGCUCGAAGUCGACGUUCCCGUUCCCGAUCACCUCGCUCCUCACGCUGCCAUCGGUCCAAGUCUCCUCGAAGGAGAAGGUCGAGAAGUCGAAGCCCAAGGAAAACAUUGCGUCGAUCUCGCUCUCCUCACAGACGGCGAUCCCAGUCCCCUCCAUCUCGAAAGAGCCACAAAAGCAAGAAGAGCAAACAUUAAAUCACAUUGUACAGUUCUCAUUUAUUCCAUUUCCCGAUGCUGGAAAAAUAAAAAAUGGCAUUUCAUGGUUAAGAUAAUGUAUAGGUUAUUGUAAGAAGACGUGGACAAAGUAUUUCGGUUUGCAGUUUCAAUAUUUUCUGCUCCCGACGAGCAACGAUGGAAAUAUGUGAAAUGAGAUAUUGUAAUGAUGACGAAGUCAUGCACCUAUUGCCCAUUCACGAAUAAAUGUUCUCCUGUCGA